AUGUUGUACAGCGGUUUGUGCUUUGCUGCUGUUGCAUCAAGACAAGCCUACGACACGGACCAACAUACCUACGUUGUAAAACAAGGCAAAGUGUCGACAUGGACAACGAAAUAUUUAUAUUCACCUCCAGGUAAACUCUUGCCCCUCUUCUACCUGGGGAGCGAGGCGCAAGCUCCUCGCGCCAUAUGGCCGAGGCCAAUGCACAAAGAGAGCAGCGUAGCUCUGCUUGACUUCUACGACAUCCAGAUUCCAGACCUCGACUCGACUGUGUCUUUCCAAGCUUCCUUCAGCUUAGCUACUGGGUUUCUCGGGUUACGUGAGAAUGCCAAGCCUCCGCAGAGCCGCGCACCGCCAUUUCUCAAUAUACCCCCUCUGAGCAAUAGUGAUACGUAG